GAGGGUCUCGCGCGCCGGCCCGCCUCCUCCGACUGGCGGCGCGGUCAUGGCGCGGAUUCUGAUCGUAGGCGCGGGGCUGACAGGCAGCCUGUGCGCUGCGCUUUUGCGCGCGGAGUUUCCCCAGCGCCUCCUGCGCGUCGUGGUCUGGGACAAGGCUCAGGGCGCAGGGGGAAGAAUGACGACGAGCCGUAGCGCUCACGACCCGAAAUGCACGGCUGAUCUGGGUGCCCAAUACAUCACGCGAAUGCCUGACAUUGCAAAAGAGCAUCAGAGCUUUUAUGAAGAUUUGUUGGCUCAUGGAGUCCUGAAGCCAUUGACUACCCCGAUAGAAGGAAUGAUGGUGAAGGAAGGAGCAGAGAACUUUGUAACACCCCAAGGAAUUUCAUCCAUUGUUAAACACUACUUAAAUAAGGCAGCAGAUGUAGAUGUCUUCUACAAUCACCAUGUUACUCAGAUCUGCCUCAAAGAUGGAAAAUGGGAAGUGGGCAUCAGUACAGGUUCUUCCCACCACUUUGACAUAGUUAUUCUCACAAUACCCGUCCCACAGAUUCUUCACCUUCAAGGGGAUAUUGCAAACAUAAUUAACCAAUGUUGGAGGCAGCAGCUGGAAUCUGUGAGCUAUUCCUCUCGCUAUGCUCUGGGCCUGUUUUAUGAAGCUGGCACCCAGCUUGAUGUCCCUUGGGUGGCACAGUACAUCUCCAAUAAUCCGUGCAUAUGCUUCAUCUCCAUUGAUAAUAAGAAGCGUGAUAUAGAAUCACCUGACAUUGGUCCAUCUGUUGUUGCCCAUACCACUGUGUCUUUUGGAACUGAAUAUUUGGAAUGGGAUAAGGAAAAGGUCCAGCAGUUGAUUGUAGAUGAACUGAAAGCCACAAUACCUCAUUUGCCUGAACCAGCAAGUAUCAAAUGCCAGAGGUGGAAAUAUUCCCAG